UCUCGACAUUGUGUGUGUAUAUUCGCUCAGCUGUUCUGGUUAGAAGCAAUCGCGGUUCAUCUGAUUGCACAAAUUUUCGAAGCUUUGGAGUUUAUUUUUAGUACCAGUGCCAUGUCGUCUUGGUAUGAUCCUCGUGGAUUUUUGCUGCGUAAGAGCAUGUUACUUGCUCUUUGAUUUGGUCUAUACAAAAAAAGAUUUUUUUGGUGAUUGACAAAUUUAUUCGUCACUCACCAUAGAUAUCAAAAAUUUGACAUUAAUUUAGAAUCGAUGUACUCCGAAAAUUGACGCUUAAGUUUAACGAUAACAAUUAACAAAUAAUAAUGAAGAAGACACGUUCAAAUAUAUUUCGUGACAUUUAUUAUCAGCCAUACAAUGAUUAUACGAGAAUGAAGCUUUAUUCCAGCAGUAAAGCAAGUCUUCAAAUGAUGCAGCGUAUGGCAUUAUUGAGAAGAUUAAAAGUUCAUAAUGGUUGUGUAAAUUCUGUUUGCUGGAAUGCUACUGGAGAAUUGAUAUUAUCUGGUAGUGAUGAUCAACAUCUUGUCCUUACAAAUGCUUAUAAUUAUGAGGUAUUAACAGAUUAUAAAACCAGUCAUAGAGCGAAUAUAUUUAGUGCAAAGUUUCUGCCUAAUAGUGGAGAUCAUCGGAUAGUUUCUUGUAGUGGUGAUGGUAUUAUUUUAUAUACAGAUUUAAUAAGAAGAACAAAAACAUUUAAUAAUCAAUUUAAUUGUCAUGUUGGUACUACAUAUGAAAUAGCGACAAUACCUGGUGAACCGCAUAAUUUUUUAAGUUGCGGAGAAGAUGGAACUGUGAGAUGGUUUGAUCUUAGAAUAAAGGAUAAAUGUAAUGCCUCAAGAUGUACAGAAGAUGUAUUAGUUUCAUGCGAGAGAGCUAUAACUGCUCUCUCUGUAAAUCUUGCUUCACUCCAUCAAAUAGCAAUAGGAUGUUCUGAUAGUACAGUUAGAAUACUUGAUAGAAGAACACUUGGAACACCCGCCACUGGAUGGACAGAUACACCUGGAGCAGUAAAACCUUUAUGUACUUUCACUGUUCCUGAAUUUGAAGGGAAUUCUUAUAGAAUAACAUCUUUAAAUUAUAGCCCUGAUGGUCAGGAUGUUCUUGUUAGUUAUAGUAGUGAUCAUCUUUAUUUGUUCAAUGUAAAGGACCAAGCUAGUGUACAGUUAAAGAAAGAUAUCGCAGUUAGAAAAGGAGAGGGUAAGAAGCAAAGAUUACGUUCGCCAUUACCAGUACGUAGAUUAAGACUUAGAGGAGAUUGGUCUGAUACUGGUCCUGAUGCUCGACCUGAGUGUGAGGGAGGUCGACGUAGCGGUACAGAAAUUGCUCAAGCCAGACCUGUUCUUCAAACAUCGUUAAUGCAAAGAAUGACGGAUGUUCUUAGUAGAAUGUUAAAUGAUCCAGCUACUAGAGCUGCAUUAUGUGGCGGUGGUGAAGAUAGUUUGGAAGGUGUAAUUGAUCAUCAAGAUAAUACUCAAAAUAGCAACGAAAAUGUUACAGAAUCUAAUGAAGAAAGACGGGAUAACGAGGUCGAAAGAAUGGAAAGAACUCAAAUUCAAUCUAAUCAAGAACAUCAAAUGGAUAAAUCUGAAAAUCCAAGUACUAGUGGCAUGCAAAAUAAUCCUGGAACAAGUCAUUCCGUGGAAACAAAAGAAAAUACAUCAUCUAAUGAUAUUAUGCCUUCAAAUCAAACGAUGGAGGAAUGUUCGCCAGUUGAACUCAAAUCAAAUAUUCCUAUGGAAAUUGAAUCUAGUCUUGUAGAAACUCAAAAGUAUUCUACACAACCGUGUUCAUCGCAUACUUUGGAUAAAACCAAUGAUAUACCAGAAGAUGAUCAAAGUAGCAACGAUGAUUCUCCUUGUAGCAGUAUGGAAAAUAAACAGGAAGGACAUAUGAUGGAAAAUCUUCAAGAUAGAUUGACGAAAAUGAGAGUUGGGUUUCUUGAAAAACACGGCAGCGAACCUGCUGUAAGUUUAACUUAUACGGAUAAAAGUUCAACAAGUGCAACGAUAUCUCUUGGUGUAGCUGAUGAAAUGAUUCGUGAUGGUUAUCACGCUGGACCAUCUGGAACUAGUGGAACUUUCUCAGGCAAAAAUCAUGACAAACACAUACGAUAUAAUGAUAUACAAGAAAAGACUGAUGAGAGCGCUUUUAGUGAUAGCGAUGAUGAAGAUAUACAAUCUGAAGAAAGAUUAGAAAGUUCAGCUGAAACUGAAAUGGAAGAGGCUAUUGGAGAUGUUCGAACACGACGAGAAUCGGUGACUUUCGAUAAAACUAGUGUAACAGAACUUCGUGUGAAGCAAAAAUAUAUGGGGCAUCGUAAUGCUAGUUUCUUUAGGACUAUGAUCAAAGAAGCAAACUUUUGGGGCAACGAUUUCGUCAUGUCGGGUAGUGAUUGUGGCCACGUCUUCAUAUGGGAAAAAGAUACGGCCAGAUUGUGCAUGUUAUUGGAAGCCGACCAACAUGUCGUUAACUGUUUACAACCACAUCCGUACCUGCCAUUACUGGCCACAGCCGGUAUUGAUUAUGAUGUUAAACUUUGGGCACCAAUAAAUGAAGAAUCUAGUUUUGAUGAAAAGUUUGCCGAAGAUUUGAAAAAGAGGAAUGCAGUCAUGUUGGAAGAGACGAAAGAUACAAUGACUGUGCCGGCUGUUUUUAUGAUUAGAAUGCUGGCAUGUCUCAAUCAGAUACGCAGAGGUAGUGAAAAUUUAUAAUACUUUUCAAGAUCUUCCGAUAAUACACUACAUUAGUAUGAUCAACGUAAUUAAGAAUAAUAUACUGAAGAAAUUCGGCCGCUUUUCCCCUUUAAUGUGCAGGACGCGGCCGGAACAGGAGGAGGAGCGGCGACGAGACCGGCGAAUUACGAGGUGGUUAAGAUGUUUCCGGCGAUAUUGCCGUCUGUGAAGACGGGAUCUCAAUUGAAGCAGUCCUUAUCGCAACGUCGACUGAUCAUACUUCGAAUUUGCCUUUGAAAAGGAAAAAGCAAAAAAAAAAAAAAAAAAACGAAAAGAAGAAAAAUCGAGAACAAAAAAACGAAGAAAAAAAAGUCCGUAUAUUUAUGAUGUAUCAUUGCAAAAAUAAUUCAUUUAAUUGUAAGGAUAUUUAAUCUGAUAAGCUUUGAGUAUCAUUAUCGCAACGAGAGAUAAGUUGAUUUCUUUUCUGUACCACUCUUUUCUUCUAUCGCUUCUUUUCUUAUUCUGUUUAUACUUUGUGUUCAAUGUAUCCAAGUUUGUGCAAGUUAAUUGUUUCUGAAAUUAAUUGAAUUUUUAAAGUUAUUUAGUUUGGAGAAGAAGACACACAAAGUUAAAUAUUUUCGAUAUUUUAUGAAAAUUUUAAUGUCAGGUUCGAUUCCAUAAAAGGAACCAUAUAUACAUGUUAUUUAGGAUGCAAAUAAGUGCACUUGUUGAUUGACUAUUUAUUACAUGUUUCUUAAUAAUGUUAUAGCUGUUAUAGUUGAGUGACAAUUGAUCAAAAAUGCACUUUAUUCAUCCCUUCUAUCAAACGAGACUUAGAAUGCACAUAAGAUGAAUAUAAUAUCAGGUUCCAAUUAAGAAUCUGAACCUUGACAUUAUAUUUUUCUUACCAAAUUAAAUAACUUUAUAUCUCCAAAAUUUUAGAAACAAUUACUUAUAAAUACUCUCAAAUUUAAUCUUUCGUAAUAUUCUUUUUAUUGCUGUCUAAUUUAUGUGCAAUUCAAAACUUUUAAGUGCGAUCGUUUUGUCUCGUUUUUCUUUUCCGUGUGAUGAAAUAACGAAGCUUUAUAAAAAUUAACCGAUUUUUUUGAAAUAACUUAUUGAUAGACAGAUAUAGAUGGUCUGAGUUUUUAGAAGUUCGUUCGCUCAAUUCAGAAUAGGAUUCUGAUUCAAUUCAAAAUAGGAAAGCUUGAUGCGACGUAGAAACAAUUGCAAAGAGAUGCGAGCAUUAUUCUUCUAAGGUGCUCAAACUUGAUUAAGGAUUUAUCAAGGAUAAAACGUCGUUGUAGUUGGAUACUACGAUGUAUCAAUUCAAAGAUUUAUUUAUAAUAAAAAUUCUGAAGAACGUAAAAAUACAUCUUCGUAUAUUCCUCUGUACUCCAUAUGUAUAUAUCUUUAGUUUUUCCACUGAUGAUUAAAUAUUAAUCGUCGAUAUCAUCAAAAAUAUGAAAGAUUAACGAUAAAGAAACGAGGGUAAAGAUGAGGAUUCACAGAUAACAUAAGCGGAAAUAAUAAAAUGAAAUGCGAAAUUCGUUCAACAACAAAGUCUAAUUUAAUAACAAAAUAUGAACGCUGCUUUUGUAAUAAAAUUAACCGUAAUUAUAAUGAUCAUUAAAAUAAUAUUAAUAAUAAAAUAAUAACUAUGACGGCGUACAUAAUCGGUUGAGAUAACCGUAAUUAACAUAGGUAACGAAUCCUAAUAUCGAAGAGAGCGAAGCGUAUGAGAUAGAUCGCGUUACAAAUUAUGAUAACGAACUAAUCAAUGGUUUUUUUUUUUUUUUUAAGAAAAAAGAAAAAUUAUAUUCGUCGAUAUGUGAAAUAUGUAUCAGACUGUCGAACGCGAAACGAGAUCCCAGCAGACGAAGAGAAUAUAAUUAAUAAUGAUAUAAUUAAUAAUUAUUAAUAACUAUAGCUGACUAAAACCAGAGUUUGCUGGAUUCUCUUCGAGUGUGAUUGACAAACAAAGAAGAAGGAAGAGGAACGAGGAACGAAAUAAACGUCGAAUGGAAAAAGAAAGGAAUAUAAAACGCAAUGAUUAUCUAUCUUAUCUGUCGCUCGUUCCAAAUAUUAUUUGGCUAACACUCGCUUAAAUUUAUACGUAUGUCUUUAAAUAUUUGCAAGAGAGUUUAUAUCUUAUAUUCAGUGAACCAUAAUAACUAUUGGUGCGUUUCUAUUAACGCAAGUAUGAUAGAAUAUACUUAGCUAAUAUAUAAUCAAUGAGAACAUGAUAGAUAAUUAGUAAAAAUAGUAUACAAUAACGACAGAUACAAAUAACAAUAUAUAUUUAAACGUAGUAAACAAAAUGUGCCAAGAAAAAUUAUUAUACCUUUUAUAUAAUUCAAUAUAAUAGGAACAUAUAUUUGAAACGUUCUUUCAUUGGCAAAUAAUAUUAAUAAUAAACAAUAAUAAUAAUAAAUAUUAAAAAAAGUUGAUAGUUUUGUAUAAAAUAUAUUGUAACAAAAAAAAAAAAAAAUUAAAUAAAAUCUAAACUUCAAAACGAGCGACAGAAGAGGAAGAAUAUGAUAUUAUGCAGAACCGGAAGUGUAGAACGGGAACGGAUGUGUAUUUCCUUGUUUUAUUUCUCUGAACAUUAGGACAAAAUUGUAAUCAAUCGCUUAUCCGUUUACCGUAAAUCCAAUAAUGUCUGUAAUAAUGAAUUAGCGUUAUAUUAAAUGUACCGAUGAGA